AGCCCAGUAAAUUACUUCUCACGGGCCUAAGUUUAUGUAAAUUUUUCUUUUCAUUAGUGAAUCUCUCUCUCCCCUCCGCCUUGUCGGAAAAGUUUUCGCCGGAGCACCAUAGACGGAAUCUGGAAAGAGAAGAGGAUAGCAUGAGGGGAAAGAGAGGAAGGGCUUGUGUAGUGGUACUUGGAGAUCUUGGCCGAAGUCCUCGGAUGCAAUAUCACGCUCUUUCUCUUGCUCGUCAGGCAUCGUUUCAAGUGGACAUUGUUGCAUAUGGAGGUUCUAUACCCCAUGAAGCUGUUUUAAAGCACCCAUCUAUCCACAUUCAUACCAUGGCGCAGCCUCGGUUCAUUCAGCUCUUUCCGAAGAUACUCUAUCCUGUGACUCUCUUGCUCAAGGCAUUUAUUCAGUUCACAAUGCUUCUCUGGUUUCUUUUCGUCAAAGUACCAGCACCUGACCUUUUCUUGGUUCAGAACCCUCCUUCCGUUCCAACACUAGUCGCUGUUAAGUGGGCGAGUUCAUGGAGGCGUGCAGCGUUUGUUGUCGAUUGGCAUAAUUUUGGAUAUACUUUGCUGGCAUUGUCCUUGGGAAGAAACAACGUCUUUGUAUCCGUUUACCGCUGGAUUGAGAUGCAUUACGGAAAGAUGGCAACAGGUUCGCUAUGUGUGACAAAAGCAAUGCAACAUGAACUUGAACAGAAUUGGGGAGUAAGAGCCAAAGUUUUGUAUGAUCAGCCUCCUGAGUUUUUCCGCCCUGCUUUGCUUGAAGAAAGGCACGAGUUGUUUUGCCGAGUGAAGAAAGAUCUUUGCCAUCCAUCUGGUGUCUAUGAUUUCAUCAGUAGAGAGUUGGAGAAUCAACAGCUUGGCGGAACCCUUUUUACUACCAAAACAAAUACUGACAUCUUGCUGAAGCAAAACAGACCAGCUCUAGUUGUAAGUAGUACAAGCUGGACCCCUGAUGAAAAUUUUGGUAUCCUAUUAGAAGCCGCAGUGAUGUAUGAUCGGCGCGUUGCUGCAAGAUCGAAAGGAAGUGAUACAGCCGAAGUUUCAGAAGAACAAGACCUUUACCCCAAUCUGUUGUUCAUCAUUACAGGUAAAGGACCUGAAAAGGAGAUGUACGAGGAGAAAAUCAAAAGAUUGAACCUCAAACAUGUGGCGUUCCGGACAAUGUGGCUCGCAGCUGAAGAUUACCCACUGCUUUUAGGUUCUGCAGAUCUAGGUGUUUGCUUACACACUUCCUCAUCGGGUUUAGACCUUCCAAUGAAGGUUGUUGAUAUGUUUGGAUGUGGCCUUCCAGUUUGCUCAGUUUCCUACUCAUGCAUUCAAGAACUCGUUAAAGAUGGGCAGAACGGACUCUUGUUUUCAUCUUCGUCGGAAUUAGCAGAUCAGUUACUGGUCCUCUUCAAGGGCUUUCCGGGUAACUGCGAUGCCCUAAUGUCGCUUAAAGCGGGUGCAAUGGAGACUGGUUCUUCAGGUCGAUGGGCUACAGAGUGGGAAGAUAGUGCAAAACCUUUGAUUACUCAGGUGGUGGAACCGCUAUCUUUUGGUGUUCGAUGAAGCAAACCUUUGCAGCCAAUUCUUCUAACCACGCAUAGAUUUUAGCGAUUAAUGAAAGUAGUCGUGUUGAACAAAAAAAAAUGAAAGUAGUCGCUAGUUGUAUGGUUCAAAUCUUCAUAUAUCGGUAAGAUUUUGGUCUUUCGACAUGGAAAGAAUCCCUAA